UUUCAGUUUCGAUCACGCUGCGGCCGGUUUCAGACGCGCUUUUUUCACUCCGCCCGCUUCCUGCCCUAUAGGAUUUGUUGUAUGUAAUCUUUCUCUCUGUGCCGCGCGAAGUCUCUGGCUGAAGUUACCACCUACUGCAACCUGAAGGGAGUAGUGCAGCUGGUGAUUCGUCGUGUCGGGUGUGUUUUCGGUGGUUCCGUGGAAGAUUGUCGCGAAAAACGAAAUCGUUUUUGGGCACCAGAAACAUCUAGCUAAGGAAGCGGAAAACAGGAGAUACCUACGUACCAUAACAUACAUAUUUUGACUUCGACCUUCCAUCUCCGUCCGUGGUGGGUGCCUACCUACCAAAACAAGAAAAAAAAAGUGUGAAAAGUGAGACGAGGAAAAGCUGUGCGACAACGCUAGUGAAAGAAAAACGGUCAGCCGGCGAGAGUAAGUCACUCGGAAGAAAGCCACUGACUGACUGUAGUGUGUUUGCGAAAAUAGUGUCCCAUUCACAGAAGGGAGACCAAGGCACAGUCCCCAAAAGAGAUUGUACGGUUCGAGUUCGACACGGCUGUGUGCAAGCUAGAUAAUCCCCACCGGAUACUGAGGCCCCGUAUCCUUCCCCCCAUCCAGAGCAACAACGGUAACCAUCAACCAUGCGGAUAGUGUCGCUCUGGACCCUGGUGACGUUGUCAUCGCUUUGCUCCGCCGCCGACAUCCUGAUGAUCACGAUGGGUGGCACCAAGUCACACAAGAUCCCCUUCUGGGAGCUGGCUAAGGGGCUGAUACCGAGGGGUCACAACAUCACGUUUCUCAGUGGCUUUCCGGCGGAUUUUUCCUUCAAUGGCCUCCAGGAAGUCACCCCAUCCGGGCUGGUGGAAUUCAUCAGAAACUACACCAACUGGGAUCUGCUGGGCGCCCGGAUGAGGGGUGACCUACCCCUUUCACUAUGGGACGUCUUUCGGUAUUCGUGGCAGGCUUGCGACGCCACCCUCGAAGACAAGGAAACCAUGGACCUUUUGGGGCGUAAGUUUGACCUGCUCAUCUUGGACGGAGCCUAUCCGGAGUGUGCCCUGAGUUUGGCGUACCGAUUGGGCGCGCCUUACAUGUACAUCAACACGGUGGGCUUCUACACGGGAACAAUGGCGAUGGCAGGCAACCCAGGACCGUACUCGGUGACUCCGGUGUUCUAUCGGCCGUUGACCGACGAUAUGGACUUCUUUCAGCGGGUCAUGAACAGUAUCUUCCAUUUGACGAUACAGCCAGUCUAUGUGGCCAGUAUGACGCUUCUGCAAGCCAUCGUGAGGCGUCAUCUCGGCGCGGACAUUCCACACGUGUGGGACCUUGCGCGGAAUGUGAGCUUUAUACUACAGAACGGUCAUGCCACUGUGACUUAUCCUCGACCUUUGCUGCCGAACAUCGCCGAGAUCGCGUGCAUCCACUGCAAACCGGCUGGACCCUUGCCCAAGGACCUGGAGGACUUCAUUGCCGGAGCCGGUGAGUCCGGUUUCAUCUACGUCUCGAUGGGAUCCUCGGUCAAGGCCGCCAACAUGCCGGACCAUCUGAGGAAGCUGCUGAUCCAAACCUUCUCACGGUUGCCCUAUCGGGUGCUGUGGAAGUACGAGGCCAACUCCUCCAUGCUGACCGAUCUGCCGCCGAAUGUGAGGCUUGGCCGGUGGUUACCCCAGCAGGAUAUCCUAGGUCAUCGGAAGCUGAGAGCGUUCGUAACGCACGGCGGCCUGCUCAGUAUGUUCGAGACGGUGUACCACGGCGUUCCGGUGGUGACGAUGCCGGUGUUCUGUGAUCACGAUGCCAAUGCUGCCAAGGCGGAAACCGAUGGGUAUGCGCUCCAGCUGGACCUGGAGACGUUGACGACGGAGAAGUUGGUGCGGGGGAUCCAUCGCGUGAUCCACGACCCGAAGUUCCGCAAUGAGGCCAAGCGACGGCAGACGCUGCUGAAAGACACACGAACGACUCCUCUAGAGACGGCAGUCUACUGGACCGAGUACGUCCUGCGGCACAAUGGAGCCUACCAUCUGCAGACGCCGGCCAGGAAUCUUUCCUUCUUUGCCUACUAUGGUUUGGAUGUGAUAUGUUUCUUCCUGGCCACGGCCUACCUCCUCCGGCUGAUGGUGCGACGGGUACUGAAGCCGCAAAUCAUUCAGCUCACCAAGGAGAAGAUUCACUAGCAUCGACCCACCAGGAUACACCCCAGGACCAAUCCCGAAACAAGGAAGUAGAGAAAGCAACAACCUAAACGCUUACACCAAAAUAUCAGCCGGCGAUACGGACGGAAAAUGUGACCCAGAGAUAGUGAAACGAUGUAAGGCAGUGAAAAAUUGGGCUUCCAAUUGAAAAUUUUUAAAAACGCUCAAAUAAUUACGAAAGGAUCUUGAAAUCGAUUACCGAUUACGGAACUUUGUGAAUUUCACAGAAAUUGGUACUUUCCUUGGAGAAAAAAAACUUUAAAACUACGAAGAAGUAAACAUCAAAGUUUGCAGGUCGUCAGAUGGAUAGAUUUGCUCAGCAAAAGAGAGAGCACUCUUUCCCAGAAAAUGUCAAUCAACCACCGACAGUGAGACUUUGUGUAUCUAUACUGCUAAAAGCUCGAAGAGCGUCUGUUUUAGUCAUAAAAUUUUAACCAACCCGCACUACGUCUACAAUGUGAUAACUGGCUCGAAAGCGUGACCGAAGUGAUGCAAAAAUGCAGGAGAGGCGAGCAAGUACAGUAAGAGCAAAUUAUGGUUUCAUUGUUUUAUUUUCCAUACAGCAAACAGGACCCAGUUAUCUCCUCGAGGGAGAUCGAGGGUUUUUGGUUUGCUUCUCUUUUACAGUUACAAAAUGAGGGUGUUAAACUUUUAUAGUUGCUAGGACCAUGAAAGAGGGUAGAGAAUAAGUGUCCUUUAAUUUAUUUAUCCCGUAAAUAAGGAAGGCAAGAUGGCUCCGCAUCAUGAUCUGCUACAUACAAUGACUGUGAAACAGUUGCCCCUUGAGGAUAGAUGACGGCAGAGUCAGGCAGCACAGUGUAAGAUGUUUUAACUAACUUUAGGAGUAGGUUUUAUUCGAGUGUGUACAGAUAGUUUGUAAGAAUCACUGUAAAUAUUAGGUUAAUAAAAGUGAUAAAAUUUUAAA